AUGGCUGGUGCUGAGAGGGUGGUGAAUCAGAACCAAGAACUUGUAGCUACUGCCAAGUUGCCCAAGGCAGUGCCGGUAGGAGAAGCGAUAAGGAGGCCUCGGGGCCGGCCAGCAGGGUCGAAGAACAAGCCCAAACCGCCAAUCAUCAUUACGAGGGACAGCGCGAAUGCCCUGAAAGCGCACGCGAUGGAGGUAAGCUCGGGGUGCGAUGUGAACGAAAGCCUAGUGAACUUUGCGAGGAGAAAGCAAAGGGGCAUUUCCGUGCUGAGUGCCACGGGGUGUGUGACCAACGUGACACUCCGCCAACCGGCCUCUUCGGGGGCCAUUGUGACACUCCACGGGAGGUUCGAGAUCCUGUCUCUGCUUGGCUCCAUCCUCCCCCCGCCCGCACCCCCAGGCGUCACGGGGCUGACCAUCUACCUAGCCGGGGCUCAGGGGCAGGUGGUGGGAGGCUGCGUCGUCGGCGCACUCAUCGCCUCUGGGCCCGUGGUGAUCAUGGCCGCCACUUUCUUGAACGCCACUUUCGACAGGCUGCCAUUACACGAUGAUCAAGUGGUUUCUGCCGCCAAUCAGCAGUACCAAAACAACCAUCACUCCCAUCAAAAUGUUGAGGUCUCAGACAUCUAUGGCUUGCCACAGAAUCUCCUCACCAAUGGUGCUUUACACCCUGCAGAGUGUCAUCAUGUCUGGCCAGUUUAUUGUGGGGGGUCAGCUUCAUCCUCAGCAAACUUCAAAGGCUAUAAGGGUCUGUUCAUCCAUGUCCAUAUACCUAAGGAUGUUGUGGCAAAAUAUAAGAACAUAUUCAAGGAGGAUGUCCUUGGUCGUAUUGUGGAGAUAUAUUCUCCAGUGGAGAAGCUAAUAGCAGGGAAGAAGGCUAGACUAAUUGACUUUGUGCUUGAAGAUUCUAGGUCUGAAUCCUAA